AUGAAGAGCCGUAUCACAUGGAUUGUAAGUCAGUUGAAGUCUCAUCCGCAAAAGAACGUUGAAUCAAAAAUCUUGCGUGAACAUAUCAAGAAAGAGAAGGAAGUAGCAAAAACUGGAAAACAACCAUAUUAUCUAAAGAAAUCUAAACUUCGCCAAAGGAAGUUGAUGAACAAGUACAAUGAGCUCAAGGAGGCAGGAAAGCUUGAUGCCUUCAUGGAGAGGCGUCGGAGGAAGAAUGCUUCAAAAGAUCGUCGCUACAGGCCGUACUGA